ACUCCACACACCCUACAGGCUGCUCAGUGAGGACAGCGAGCUGCACAAAGUGUGUCUGUCCAGUGAGGAACUCGUUGAGGAGCUGGAGGAUCUCAGUCCGGGUGUCAGCUCUCCUCGUCCCUUCAGAUCUCCAGCUGCUCUCAUGCGCACACGCACGUUGGACCCUCUGGACCUGAGACUCUGAGUUUCCUGGAGCUUUCCUCACCAGGCUCCUCUGUGGUUUUUCCCGGUGAUGACCUCACUGCUGUUCCCUGGCCACGCCCACGCUGCGAUGAAGGACCUCUCCUCCUCCUCCUCUCCUCUCACCACCCUGCUCCACUACCCGUCCUCCAAGACCUCCGCCGCGCCCUUCUCCCCGUCCGCCGGCCCCGCCUCCUCGCCGGGGGCCACGCUGUCCUCGGCUCCGCUCUCCAAACCUCAGCCCUUCUGCCUGCAGACCGGGCCGCACCUCAUCGCCAGCAUGCAGCUGCAGAAGCUCAACUCGCACUACCAGAACCUCACCGGGGCUUCAGCCGGACACCCGGCGCCCGGCGGAGCCCCGAGGGGCUUCGGGCCCUCGCCCCUGGGCUCUGGGAACCAGCUCCUGGGGCCGACUGGGGGCCUCGGCGGGGGCGGGAUGGGGGUCGGGAUCACCAUGGGGACCCAGAGCUCCGGUGCAGGUGGACUUAUCGACUUUGACCCGGUGGACGAGGAGGUCCUCAUGUCUCUGGUGGUGGAGCUGGGCCUGGACCGGGCCAACGAGCUGCCCGAGCUCUGGCUGGGACAGAACGAGUUUGACUUCAUGUCCGAUGUGCCGGCUGGGUGCUGACGCUCGGGGGGGACGCAGAGAGAGAAGACCUUCUCUCCCUUGUUUAGUUUUUCUCUUCCCUCCCUUUUGAUUGGUCGAUAACACGAGGAAACAGAAGAGACACUGAGUGUGAAAGACAUCAGAGACACUCUCUAGCUUCUAUUUGGGUUUCGUUCUCUCGAUGGACAGAUGGACGAGUCGGUGAAGAAGAGGCACUGGUGAUGGAAGCCCAGUCUAAUGGGAUUAAGAUGUUUUUCCUCAUCCCACUAUCAUUUUACAUUUGUUCAUCUAAAGAAGAAAAACACAAGAACGAGCAGGAAACCAAAGAGACUUGAUUGCUUCUGUGCUCUUUCCCCAUCGCUCCCUGCUGCAGGCUUUAUCAAAUCCAGAAGCUUUGGCUCAGACGCUGGUCUCAGUUUCCUGGAGACAAACAGGACAGAUGACAAAGACACACCUGUUGGACCCGGUCCCCGUCUUCUCCUCAGAGCCGUCCUCCCUCCAUCAAGGAAAAAGAAAAUGGGAAACCUGACUUUACGUGGGGAUUCGCGGAGGACGACAAACACUACGUUUCCUGUUUUCUUAAUGGACACUAUUGGACUCCGGUCUCACGGGAAAGAGACUCCUGUCCCCCGGCUCCACAAGGACGCUGAUUGUCUGAGAACUGGUUAUCUCAAUGUACUUCUUUCACUUUCUGUCUCUUUCUCUCUUUUCUGUUUGAAUCGACUUCAAGCAGACGCUUUCACAGAAGAUGUUAUUUAAGACAGAGGCUGAUAUCCAUCAGGCCACUUGGACAAGGAGCUCUUCUGUAGCAGCGUCUCUUAUCGCUCCGACUUCUCUCUGCACCAUGAAUUAGAUCAGGAGCCGGGGAACCUCUCGGAGCUCGGGACCUUAAUGGAGCGCUCCUUUCUCCGGAGCACAGCCUGAUUAAAAACCAUAGAGGCCUUCUGGUCAUGUGAGCUGCCACUACAUGUAUGUGAUGUGUUUCUGACCUGCAGUCGAAUCUGUGUCAAUGAUCGUGGAUAAAUCACUUCCUUCCACACGGAGGACACCAGGUUCUGUCAACGUGUGUGGACAUAAACCAAAUGAUGAAUUCACUUGUCCUCUGGUUUCUUUGUUUUGUUUUUCCUGUUCUGCCACAUCUCCAUGUUUAUGUGAAAACAGUAGACUUAUCUCUGCCCCCCCGCGCUGCCGAUAAGGAAGCCUCGGCUGUUUUGUCAUCAAUGUAGCUGGAGGCUGGUGUUUACACACCUUGCACGACAGGCUUUGACCCACACACACACAGAGACACACACACACUUGUUUUCAGUGUUUUCAGAAACUGGAAGGAAGGUUUGAAAGAGCUGAAUCCGUCAGAUGUGAUCUAUAGCAUAUAUAUCCUUAGACUGAGUGUUUAGUUUGGUCCAUGUGACAACAGCCAACCACCAGGGGGCGAUAGACACCGUCAUGUUGUCCAUCUUUAUAUACAACCAAUGCAUGUCUGUAUAAAGACGAUACAUGUUGACAAGUGGAGGUGCUCACAGAUGUCUCUAUCCAAUAAGCAAUUUAAUUCUGGCUACAAAAAAUGAAAGACUUAUAUCAAGUUUAGAUGGAUCUAAGAACUCAACCAUCAUUAAGUGCUGGUUCCAGAUCUGUCUCUCUCUCCCGUAUCACAUCCUGAAUGAGUUGGAUGAUAUCAUAACCGCUGUUUGAGCUCACGUGUCAAAUCCAUCUCGUGUCAACUGAUCAGACUCCCGUCGGCCGACUGGGACGGACGCGAUGUGGUCGAGGCGGCUCGAUCCUGAGAAGUAUCAACACACACCUCCUGAGUAGAGACCCGUCCACGUAUGAUUCAUUUAAAACUCAAUUAUAAAGGAAUUGAUAAUUGACCAUUCCCUAAUAACUCUGGAGUGAAGAGGCUGAUGUUAAAUCCCAUGUUUAUGUGUCUUAUUUACACAUAUCUGAUCCUCACUGGACCUCCAUGGUGAGGCCAGAUGUGGUUGCCAGUCUGAUUCCCCCCCAACCCCCUAUAGGAGCUUUACCAUGCAGCUGCGUCCUGCCUGUAGAUGUAUGCAGUCAGGACAGG